AAAGCUUGGAGUUUGCUUGAUUGCUUGAUUGAUUGAUUGAUCAUUCUACAGCCCAAAACAGACACAGAACCUGACCAUCAGGCAGACCUUACUACCAGUACUAGUAGUAGCUCCACUCCUUACUACACACAGUCUGUUCAAGUCUGUUCAAGUCAAGUCAAGUCAAGAUGCCGGUGAAAGCUACUAUCCGUACGGGCCUGUUGGUUGCUGCGAUGCACAAGGGCCGUCGCGAUGUAAAAGCCGAGAAAGCAGCAGCAGCUGAGAGGCGGUCCCUGGAACGUCAACGGAGUCAACGAAAUCAACAAGAAGGAAGAGGCCGAAGCAGCAGUCGUAGUCCCAGCAGAUCGAGCAGUACCGGUAGAAAGAAGAUGGAGAGAGGACGAAGUCUACGUCGGUCGUUGGACAAGGGCAAGAAUAGCUUGAGUCGCAGUGAAAGUCCUCGCAACUCGUUGGACACGAGUACCAAAGGAGUCAAUACGAGUGGCAGAAUAUCGCGAGGUCUGUCGUUUAUGCAAGGCAGUAGUAGUAGUAGUAGUCGAGGAGGUAAAAGUGGACGACGAAUGAGCAUUCUAUCAGAGAGCAUGUUCGACGCGUCACGCAAAAUCCAACUCAAGACGCAACAGUCGCUCCAAGCCAAACUGCACAAACUCGCUCAUAAGAAAUUCAUGAGACCCAUUUGGAAAAAUCUUAAAAACAUCAGAAAAUGGGCCAAUUUCACUCCGCAAGAAAUGCGACAGUUCAUUCUCAGCAUUGCACUGGUCAUGCACGUCUUUACCAAAUACAACAAACGAGGAGAACGCGUUCAUUCCGAUCUCAAAAAACUAUUCUUCAUGAUCUUUGUCCCAUUCAUCAUGCCACCGACCAUUGUGCUGGGAAUUCCUUUUCUCAUGGUCACCACUCCCAUACUCUUAUUGGUCAUUGCUUUUUCAGGACUCAAUCGACAAGCCAGAGCCAUUCAAGAAAAACACAGACGAUCCAACACGCUAUUGAAUGCUAGAGGAAAAUCUUUCUUGUCAAGAACACUCCAAUUCUGUGAUUCACACAGAAAAAGUACCUUCAAUGCACUCAACAACUCGUUCAAAUCGAUCGAACGACAACGGACCGCUCUCUUUGACAACUACAGCAACAACAGCAGCAACAACAAUGCUGAAUCCAGACAACGAACGCUCAAGAGACUCAAUUCGUGGAGUGGAGAAAAAAGCUCUCCUACCAAUACCAAUAGCAAUAGUCAACCUUCUGUCAUCGAACUACAUGUACCAGAGACGGUACAAACACCCUCUCCAACGGCUACUGGUAAUGCUACACCGCCACCUCUCACCAGUUCUGAUGUCAGCAUUACCAAUUCAUUCGAAUCCGCAAACUUCAACCAUGAUGAACAACACGUAGCACAAAACAACAACAGUACCAACAACAACAACAACAAUACAAAUACCAGCAAGUACUAUUACGACAAGAAAGGAAAACUUCAAUACGGAGUCAAUCCACACCUUCGAAUGGAACAGGCACCGCCCAAACCAAAACAACCAUCAUCAUCACCACCCAAACCACCAAGGAAUGUACCGGCUCCACCCACACCCAACAACUUACCACCGCAAAAGAAACGACCCACACUCAAAAUUAUCAUUCCAGAUCCAUUCUUGGAACACAACAACAACAACAACAACAGUCGACGCAGUGGGAGAGAUCAAGACAGUGAUGAUGUACAUGUCCAAGACAGCGAUGACGAUGACGAUGACGAAGAAGAAUCAUGGGAUGUGUAUUCACAGGAAUCCACAUUGGGCCAUCACAGUACUAGUAUACACAGUGCGCACAGUGGAACUACGGCAUCCUCCAGGCGACCCACCAUCAAAGGAUUUCUUCUUAGGCGCAAGUCAGAAAUGGCGCCUCGGAAAUCUGCCAUUCGAAGUGUCUCGCCCGAAGAAGAUCGACGAAGAGUCAGUUUUUGUGUUUGAGUAUUGUGAAGUGGCGUGCGUUUUUUGAAGAUAAUCAACAACAACGGCAGGAAGGAAUACGCAGCAACUGCAAACACAAGGACACAAAUACACUGCGUUCUAGUGAAAGAUACUAGUACAACACGCCGCUGCUAGACUACCGUACGAUCAUGGCCCAAGUUGGAAAUUGAAUCGAACAAUAGAUGAAAGUGAGACUUAGACCAGACAGCAACCUGGCACAACAACGGCAGCCGUCGCCAGUGCAUCUGGUGAGAUUGCAGAACCCGCUUCCAGAGAGAGAGAGAGAGAGUGAGACUCCAGUCAACAACAAACGACAACAAGACUCGAUCUUAUUAGUGAAAGCUGCUGCUACUAGUAUGAUCACGGUCCAAGUUGGAAAUUGAACCGAGCUGGAGCGAAUGACAAAGAUGAAAGUGCGACAUAGAGCAUUGCUCAUGGACGCGCUUUCCGGACAGGAAGCUUACACAACAACAGCAGCCGUCGCCAAUGAGAAUCUUGCAAGGUGGCAAACCCCCUACUAGGCCGUUGCCAAGGAGAGAGAGAGAGCGUGUGUGAGACCAGUCCUCUCGAAUGGGUCGAACCACCUUUUGGGUUGUCGUGGGUCGCGAAUUGGUGCCGAGGGGGGUUCGACUAUCGAUGCGAAUGAAGGGUUUCCCUUUGCGAUGGUAUCGAUCAUAUCAAUUCGAUGUCAAUUUGUUGCCGAGAAAAGGCAUCAGGUGCUUUGUUGUGGUGACUCUCGGGUGGGACAACGCGGCACGUCUUGUUGCGUUUUGUUGCACGGAUGAAAAGACGAAACGAUAGCGAUGUCUACUAGUAGUGUACUGUCCUGGAGUUGGCGGCCUGCUGAAGACACAACGGGACGAUUAGAUUUGUGGCGCACGGUGAUGGGAUGAGAACCCACCCCUGUUCCUAUCGAAUGAAACGAUACAAGUCAUCGUCGCUCCGUAUUUAUUUUGGGUGGACAUUUCAUACCGGCCGAUGGUGUCGAACGAAACCCGGGUCAGUUGACGCUACGAGACGGAAACGUGGCGCAUGUAGCGGAGCCGGAUAUUUCCACUGGUUCCGGUAACGCAACAACUAGCUUUCGUGGCAGUUCUAGGAAUUUCUUUACCCGACAAGCGCUUGUGGAGGCUGGUGGCAACGACAGGAG